UUCCCGUUGUUCGUGUGUCGGUGGAAAGCCGUCGACCGAACGGGCCGCGCGUGUCUGUGUCUCUCUCUCUGUCUGUCUCUCUCGGUCUGUCUCUCACUCGGUGUCGGUAAAUGGGGAACGAGGCGAGUCUCGAGGGAGAGGCGGGCCAGCCGGGAGCCGCUUCCGCUUCAGCACCACCGCGCGCUGGACAGCUCAGCGAGCCGAGCACCGGAGCACGCGCAGCACCCGGGCCGGGACCGGACAGCAUCCAAGGCAAACCCCCCCAUACAGACCCCAGUAAUGGGCCCAAACCGGGGGGGUUGGUUGGCGGCAUCCCCGAUCAGAGCCACUCUCCCAGGAAGAGCCCUCAGGGGGAAGCGGGUGGCCCUAAAUCGCCCUACUCUUUGCCCCAGAUUGCCCCAAUGCCCAGCAGUAAGCUGUGCCCAGUGUGUAAGACAGCUGACCUGACGGGUGUCACGGACGGACAGCCGAACUGCAACACGUGCACGCAGUGUCGCGCCACAGUGUGUAACCAGUGCGGCUUCAACCCCAACCCACACCUCAGUGAGGUGCAGGAAUGGCUGUGUCUGAACUGCCAGAUGCAAAGGGCAUUAGGAAUGGACAUGGACACUCCACGAUCCAAGAGUCAGCAGCAGAUCCAUUCUCCGCAGCAACCCACCAAACCCCAACCUCGAACGGCACCCCAAACUCCAUCUUCAGCACAACCCAAACCUUUCCCGGCAUCCCAGAAUGAACUAAAAUCUCAAUCUCAACCAUCCACCCCCAUGAAAACCCAAUCCCAAGCGAAACCUCAAUCCCAAUCUACUCCAUCGGCCCAAACCCAAGCCAAACCUCAACCCCAGACUACUCCAUCGGCCCAAACCCAAGCCAAACCUCAACCCCAGACUACUCCAUCGGCCCAAACCCAAGCCAAACCUCAACCCCAGACUACUCCAUCGGCCCAAAUCCAAGCCAAACCUCAACCCCAGACUACUCCAUCGGCCCAAACCCAAGCCAAACCUCAACCCCAGACUACUCCAUCGGCUCAAACCCAAGCCAAACCUCAAUCACAACCUCCGACACCUUCGCAGACUCAACCAAAACUUCCAUCCACCCCUCAAACUCAACGAAAAUCUCAGUCCCAGCCUGCGACUCCCACCAAAUCUCAACCGAAUCCUCCUACAUCAGAACAGCCGUUUGGCAAGCUAUUCGGAUUUGGUGCAUCCCUCCUUAACCAAGCCAGCAGUUUGAUAUCGGUCGACCAGCCACAGCCUCAGUCUCAGCCUCAGACACCUCAGAAAGCUCCAACAGCAACCCCAAAACCCGGAACCCAACCUGGGCCACAUCCUGGACCCCAACUUGGAACGCCAUCCCAGCAGCAGAAGAGUAGACCAAAAGUGUGCUGUCCGCUGUGCAAGACCGAGCUAAAUGUUGGUGUGCCCACAGAAACUCCCAAUUACAACCACUGUACCCAGUGCCACGCCCAGGUCUGCAACAUGUGCGGCUUCAACCCCACACCGCAUCUGACUGAGAAGAAAGAAUGGCUCUGCUUGACAUGCCAGACACAGAGAGCCAUUUCAGGGGAUUUAGGGGGUGGCCCAUCUCCUGUUCCUCAGCCGAUAGGAUCUCCCCGAGCGCCAGGUCCAACCACCCAACAGCAGACCCAACUGAAGCCGCCCAGUCAGCAGGACUCCAACAAGUCCAGUACGCAGAGUCUGAGUGACACAGGCUACUCCUCUGAUGGCAUAUCCGGCUCCCAGAGUGAGAUCACUGGGCUCAUCCGAGAGGAGGGAAUUAAACUUAGUGAGGGAAGCUUGUCUACCCAGCGCAGUCCUCCCAGCCCCUCUGAAAUAAAAAAACUUGAGAGUUCUAUGCGACCUCUGUUGCAGUCAGAAACAGCCUCUGAAAUCGAUAAGCAGAGACCGCAGUCACUAUCCAUAACACAAGACCAGUUUGAUUCCGAUGGGGAAGUAUCUGAUGACCUUAGUUGCAAAUUACGUCAUGACUAUGUGGAGGAUAGCAGUGAAAGUGGUCUAUCUCCUUUACCAACCAGACAGAAGCUGCAGAAGGACGUAACCGAUGAGGAGUUCAUGAGAAGACAGAUUUUGGAAAUGAGCGCAGAUGAGGAAGAAACGGUAGAAACUGAAGAUCAUGUGAAAAUCAAAAAGAGUCAUAAACACAGUGGUGAUCUGGGAAAAGAGAGGCGACGCCUUACACAGCAAUCUAACAGUUUUGAAGAUGACACUAAAAGUACUGAUGGUGCAUACAAAUCCAGUGACGGGGACGAUAUGAUGGGAUCACAAGGGGGCCUAAGGCGAUUUAAGACUAUAGAACUGAAUAAUACGAACAGUUAUAAUCGUGAUUUGGAACUUAGCACAGAGCAUGAUCUUAGAGAACCUGAGCUUGAGAUGGAAAGCCUGACUGGAUCACCUGAAGAAAGGUCAAAGGGAGAGUAUUCCUCAACCCUUCCUCCUACCACACCUAGUUAUACGUCUGGUACCUCUCCCACCUCUGUGUCAUCACUGGAGGAUGACAGUGAUAGUAGUCCUAGCAGAAGGCAAAGGCUUGAGGAGGUUAAGCAGCAGAGGAAAGCAAGGCAUCGAUCCCAUGGCCCACUCUUGCCAACAAUUGAGGACUCAUCUGAAGAAGAUGAAUUGAGGGAAGAGGAAGAACUCUUAAGAGAACAAGAGAAGAUGAGAGACUUGGAACAGCAAAGGAUUCGCAGCACAGCCAGGAAAACAAAAAGGGACAAGGAGGAACUCAGGGCACAGAGGCGCAGAGAGAGGUCAAAGACACCCCCCAGCAACCUGUCACCAAUCGAGGAUGCUUCCCCAACAGAGGAGCUUCGUCAAGCAGCUGAAAUGGAAGAACUUCACAGAUCAUCCUGUUCUGAAUACUCUCCCUCUAUGGACUCGGAGGCAGAAGGAUUUGAAGUGGGCUCAAAGCUUUACAAGUCUGGCAGUGAGUACAAUCUUCCAACUUUUAUGUCUCUGUAUUCACCUACAGAAAAAACAUCUGCUGUGUCACCAUCUGCUGUCCACAAAUCAUUAAAAAGUGCUGAGGAGGUUUAUGAGGAAAUGAUGAGAAAGGCAGAGAUGAUGCAAAAGCAGCAGGGACAACCAGGAAAGCAAGGGCAGCAAGGAGCCUCCCAUUUAGCAAAUAAUCAGCACUUAAGAACAGGGUCAACGUCUUUGAGUCCAGGUACAAGCCCCACACAGAUGUCAGCACCAGCAUCAUUUUCAGAAAGUGGCACUAGUGGAAGAGGGACAGCCAGGGUUAAUGAUAUACAACAAAAUCAGGCCAGGACACCUACCCAAACCUCCAAAAUUUCACAGUCUCAGCCACAAGUGCGUCAGCCUGCUCCUGGACAGCAACAAGUACGACCUGUCCAGGGUCAAGUUGCUGACUCACAAACAACUACACUAACCUCUAAGUUGUUCUCUCCUUUCAAGGGUCCCAGUCCUCCUACAUCCCCUUCUUCCUCUCCUACCCAAAGUCCCAUUCAUGUAAAAGCUCAUGGCCACACAUCAUCUAUCCCAUCCCAAGGCUCCCACGUUCCUCAAAGAAUCGGGGCCCCUCGUCUUGUGAGACAACAGUCCUCCCAAGAUACACCAUUCAUGGUGAUAACACUGGGAUCAGGCACCACUACUCAGCCCCCUAAACCAAUAACUGUAAAUUCAUCUACAUCCCCUCUCUCUUCGCCAACUAGUAGCCAGCAACAGCCAAUUUAUCGGACUCAGUCUCCAAUAACAUGUUCUCCUACAUCACCACAAAUGUCUCAGCUCACCUAUCAGAGAGGACAAGCAGCCGAAAGAGUCACUUCUGGGUCAAGCACGCCCUCCUCUGCAGGUUCUCAAAGCCAUAUAUCUGAAAACAUAUCAUUGUGUAAAAUAUCCAGUGUUCCAGGAACCUCUAAGGUUAUUGAACAGGGGACAGUAACUCAAAGUGGAAAUGUAGUUGAUCUUAGAGCAAUGAAGCCUGCUCCAGUUAUCAUGACAGACCAUGGUAUGGAUCUAACAUCCUUGGCCUCUGACACAAGAAGGUACUCAGUUGAUGCAGACCAACCACCAAAUCGUCAUACAGCAGUACAACCUCUAAUCAUGAACCUAAACGCACAGGCGCAACCUUAUGUGACAACAUCCACACCAACAACGGUUAGUGUUACUGUGGCAGCUUCUAUGUUCAUAUCACAGCUUAAACACCCAAUGGUUUAUGGAGAUCCAGUGCAGAAUCGAGUUGACUUUGGUCAAGGUGCCGGAUCAGCUGUUUGUCUUUCUCAGCCAAAACCACCAAUAGCGGACUCAUCGAUUCCAAAGAUAGAUGCAUGUCUAGAAGAUCUUGGUAUCCAACAACAGCAGCUUCAAAAGCAACAACAGAAACUCCAACAGCAGCAAGAGCUCCUUGAACAACAGCUCCAACAGCACCAACAAAAUGCAGCUUCUUUUGCUCGUUACAACUUAGCAAACCAAGUACAACCAAUAUUGUUAAAGAAAGACUUAGUGGUAUGCCAGACCAGUGGUGGAAGCACACAAACUGUGGUUAGUGCCAUUCCCAAAGUAUCUCCACUUCCACCACAGCCCUUAACAAGCUCUAUAUCUCCUACCCCUACUAUUGGCCAUGACAUAUAUGGUGGGGUUGCUCUGGAACUAAAAAAUAAGCCCACUAUAACUAACCUCUCAACAGGAAAGCCCCAUGUAAUGAUGGUACAGUUAGAUGAGAGUAGUUCAUCACAAGGGGGUACAGUUACCCAAAUAGUUAAAAGGGAAGAGACACCUCCACCACCAGAAGUUCUUGAUCUCACUGGGCAGAUCAAGUCAGAAAACCAAGUGGUCUGCUGUGAUGUCUACCAGUUGCCUUUUGCUGGUAGCUGUUCAGGUCCUUUUGGUCAGAGAGGCAAAACAACUAUUUCAGAGCCAAAUCCUUCUACUGAGCCUAUCCCAGCCCCUCCUCAGCAAACUCAGCUAGAAAAAGAUGGUUACCAGCCAGUAAAUAUGCAACGGGUAUCAGAGGAGCAUAAACCUUUCACUAUGCCUCCACCUGGACGACUUCCACCGUCAAUGUCCGACACAAAUCUUGCAGAAUCAGGACUUCAGUACUGUCAAAGUACAGAUCCUGGGGACCUCGCAGUGGAUUUAAGCUCUAUGAAACAAGCAUAUGAAGCAGGAUAUCUUGGAAUGGGUGCCCAAUAUGGAUCCUACACUGAUUUGCGUCAUCAAGGAGAUGUUUCGACCCCACCAUUACUGCUGCGUAGAUAUGGCUCGAUGUCCAACAUAAGUGGAGACUUUGGCUAUCCUUCUCGUGACCUAGCAGGUGUUCAUGAGCCAAAUCUGGCACAGUACAGUGCCACCACUGCCAGAGAAAUUAGUAGAAUGUGUGCUGCUCUUAACUCAAUGGAUCAGUUUGGAAAUCGUUAUACAAACAGCCCCGAUCUUCUUCAAUAUGGUGCUGGAAGAGGAGGCCCAAUAGGAAGGCUUGGCCUUCAACAUGGUCUACCAUCUGUGAGAGCAAACCUCCUUUAUGGCCCAGAUGGGAGGCCCACACCACAUGGACAAGCACUUACAAAUCUAAUCAAUGCUAGACAGGCUAGCCUGCGGGCCUUGUAUCCUCCUGCCUUGAGGACCGCUGAUGGCAUGAUAUACUCUACUAUUAACACUCCUAUAGCAUCCACCUUACCAAUCACAACCCAACCUGCUCCUGUACUAAAUUCUAUGCUAAGAGGAGUCUACAGGCCUUUUCCUCCAGGCAGUGUGACAACUGUUCCUCUAGCCAGCCUUAGUAGAUUGCCUCAUGUUACUCCAAGGAUGCCUCUUUCUGCACAGGGACCUUACAGAUACCCUGCACCGACCCAUUUCCCAGCAUCUGCCUCAGAUUCUAUUUCAGGGAGUGUGCCAACUACAAGCACCUCCCAAGAAACUCCUGUGUAUCUUGGUAAGCCUACAGUAAGUGGCACAAUUACCUCAACGACAACAUUACCAUCUGCACCUAGAGUUACUGUUCAAACUUGUGCUAUGCCAGCCCAAACAACUAUUUUAAACCAACAGACUUCUCAGUGUCAUAUUCCAGGAGAUCUUCCUCCCACUCAAAGUCAAAUUCCACAGUCAAUUCAGCAACAAAUACAGACACAAACCCAGCCUCAAGUACUGACCAAAAGUAAAGAUUUGUCCCUCACUCAAGGCUUGGCUCUUUCUCAGACACAGGGCCACAUAUCAAUGCCACAACCACAGCCACAUGCAGCUACUAGAGUAUUGCCAGAUACUGCAGUUAGUGGUAUCAUUAACACAUCUACAGACAAAGAAAAGGAGAAAGAGGAGGACCGUUUACGGCAACAACAAGAGCAGCUACUUCAACUGGAGAGAGAACGCAUUGAGUUAGAGAAGCUUCGUCAGCUGCGUCUUCAAGAAGAACUGGAGAGGGAUCGUUUAGAGCUACAGAGGCACAGGGAAAAAGAACAACUUCUUGUGCAGCGUGAGAUCCAGGAAUUGCAGAACAUCAAGCAGCAGGUCCUCCAGCAACAGCAGGUUGAAAGAGAAACUCAAUUGGUAAUGCAGAGAGAACAGCUGGCUCAGCAGAGGAUGCAACUAGACCAAAUUCAGGCUCUGCAGCAGCAACUCCAGCUGCAGCUUGAAGACCAGAAGAGGCAAAAGACAGCAGCUGUUGAAGCAGCAGCAGUGGCAGCAGCAGAGGCAGCUGCUGCUGCUGCUGCAGCUACAACUGCUCAAGGUGCCAUGAAUGGAAUGGUGGUUGGUGGAACCCCUCAAGCAAUUUCCAUCAUCUGUGAUCAGAGUGGAAGGGUUAUUCCACAAGAUGGCCAGAGCUUACAGUUUUUACCUUGCAUGGACGGGCAGAUGGUUCAAGCCCUGGUAUCCACAAGACCUAUGCCCAGCUCAGCCUCUGAAAUGUCCCUGAGGAAUAAUGAUGAGCAGGGAAGUAGCCAUGCGAUAAAGAAACUGAAUUCAAUGCCACGCUUGAGGAAUGGCACUGAGGAGGAUCCUGUGAAAAGGAUUGCAGACAGCAGUGUCCAAACUGAUGAUGAAGAUGCAGAGGAUCGGUUUAUGUCAAGACGUAGAAGGACCAGGCGUAUUGCUGACUGCAGUGUCCAGACAGAUGAGGAAGACCAGGGGGAGUGGGACAGCCAACCAGUGCGACGUCGACGCUCAAGGUAUUCCAAACACUCUGAAUCGAGUGCAGAAAAUAAAGGCGAUGCAUCUAAAGUGACUUCCAGCAUAGCUAUCCAAACUACCAGUGACUCCUCAUGUCAAACUGAAUCAGAUCAGUUGGGCAGAGUCUCACCAGCCAUUCACAUCACCAUGGCUGAGACAUCAAAGGUUGAACUGCUUCACUACAUCUCUGCACCAGAGAGGACACACAAAGGAGAGAGUUUAGCCUGCCAGACUGACCCAGAAGCACAGUCUCAAGGAGUGGUUGUUCCUCAGCUCAGUGUUCCCACCACAGUCAGCCCCUACUCCACCAGUUUACAGGUAGUUGGUGCCACACCAGCCAAGUUUGAAAGAAGGAAACCAGACCCACUAGACAUUGGGCUGCAAGCACAGCAACCAGCUGAUGCACGUCCACCCAAAUCCCCACAAGUGUUGUACUCCCCUGUGUCUCCCCUGUCCCCUCACCGCAUGCUGGAGACUACCUUUGCCUCCAGUGAGAAGCUCAAUAGGGCACAUGUUACACCCCAGCAAAAGGCCUUCACUACUGAAUCACCCAAGAGGCAUCAAACAAUUCCACGGCCGAUAAAAAGUGUUCAGCGCUCCAUGUCAGAUCCCAAACCCCUUAGUCCAACAUCAGAGGAUCCAUCAAAGACUAAAUUCUCACUGUACCAAAGUCAAAUCUCUUCCAGCAGUCAGUUACAGAACUCGAUGAUGAGGAAAGUGAAACGGACCCUCCCCAGCCCCCCUCCAGAUGAGAUGCCGCUCCCCAUUGUAACCCCUGCAAUGACCCACAUAUACAGCUCCCCUGGAAUUCCUCAAAGAGUAUUGCCCCGUCCAGCACAAGGUGUCACCAAGGCAGGUCUUCUAAAUGAACUGAAAGCUGUGGAACAAGAGUCUACCAAGCUACGUAAACAGCAAGCAGAACUUGAGGAAGAAGAGAAAGAAAUUGAUGCUAAGCUACGGUGUUUGGAACUAGGCAUUACCCAGCGCAAGGAAACCAUGGUAAAAGAACGAGAGAGGAGAGAGCUGGCCUACCUGAGAGGCAUUGGGGACGCACGAGACUACAUGUCAGACAGUGAACUCAACAACCUUAGAUUAACUGGAGUACCAACAGGGACCUAUGAAGUGAAUGGACUGUUGUCAAGACCAACCACAGCACCUCUUAGUCAAUUUACUUCUGACCCAAAUGUGACUUCUCAGUACCCUCCAACGUCCUCCUAUGUCCCAUAUCCAUUUCCACAGAGCCAACCUGCACCAACACAGCCACCAACUGCAGCAUAUCAGCAGAUUGGAUUUCAAGCACCACAGUAUCCAACACCAUCCCAGCCUCAGCCAGGCACCUUUCAGCCUCACCCUCCUCAACCCUCAACCUAUCAAACACAAGGAGCCUACCAGAGUCAUGGGUAUGCCCAGUCAUAUCAGCCAGAUCUAGGUCUGCAGCAGCCCAGCCACCAGAGCUUUCAGCCUCCUGCAGCUCAUUUGCCUGCGCAGACAUUACCGUAUCCUGGUCAAAGUCUGCCCUUCCAGCCCCAAGCUGAUAUGCUUUCUGGUCAUCAGCUGCCACGACAUACAUCACUGGCUGAUCUUGAACAGAAACUGCCAACCAACUAUGAAAUAAUUACUAAUCCUGCAGUGUCAGUAGCCACCUCAGCUCAGGAAACUGGCUUUAGUGGUGCUUAUUCUUCACCACUGACAAAUGCUUAUGGGCCAUAUCGUACCCCUGACCAAACAAUGACAGACCGCAUACCAAGUCCUACAUCUGGGUAUGGUCCAGAUGGUCUGUAUACCACAAAUCUAGAACAGAAUAUACCCAGAAACUAUGUAAUGAUAGAUGAUAUAAGUGAACUGACAAAGGAGAACAUGGGCUCAUCUGAUGCUUCAAGGACAGGUUAUGGGAGUGAGAAUGGUCCACGGGGGAUAGGUUAUGGAGAUGGGUCUGAAGAUUUAUAUGGAAGAGCUGGCAGCACCACCAGUUACCACCAUCAGGGUGCUGUGGACAGUCAUGGCCGUCCAAGCACAACUGCGAGUGGUGGAUCUUCCUAUUAUUAUGAUGACUAUAAGCAUUCAUCUCGCAGUAGUUCUGGAAUGGGCAGCCAGAAACACUCCUCAAAGAACUUGGCACCAGCUGCUGUGUCUUCCAAGCGUAGUAAACACAGGAAGCAAGGCAUGGAGCAGAAGAUUUCUAAAUUCUCCCCUAUUGAAGAGGCACGAGAUGUAGAAUCUGACUUGGCCUCCUACACAAUGACAACACCUUCAGGUGGAAGCUGUACCAUGGUUUCCAGAUCAGGGGUAAAAAAGAAUGUCUAUGAUCAGCAGAAGUACUAUGGCUCGAGGGAAGGCUUGGAUGAAGACGAUCGUCUGUACAGCUCUGGAAGGUCAAGGUCCACAGGCUAUGGUAUGGAUAAGAUCUCCUCCAGAGACUCAGGGGGGUACAGAAGUAAAUCCUAUGAGAGAGAUGCAAUGGAGCGAUCUCAGAGGGGUACCCAUAGUCGCAGUGGACGUUCCACCAUGCGUACCCAGAACUCAGAGGAAGAGAGUCCGCUGAGCCCAGUGGGGAAACCUGUGGGUAUGGGACGUGUCUCAGACCCACAUGAUGUGAGAAACCAGUAUGGCUCCAGCCAUUCCCUUCCUGAUGUUCAGGAUCAUCACACAAGGGAUAUGCCUAAGAGCCAUGCCUACAAGCCAGAUGACCCCUACCUAGUGGAUGAUAUGCACUGUGCUGUUUCAGACAGUGAAGCAUAUCAUUUGGGACAGGAGGAAACAGACUGGUUUGAGAAACCACGGGAGGCUACUUCUGAUCGUUCCAGACAUCACGGGAGUGGAAGCCACUCCUCUUCAGGUAAGAGAAGCCAUGUCAAGCACACCUACCAUGAUUACGAUGAACCCCCUGAGGAAGACUUGUGGCCACAAGAUGAAUACAGCAACCAACGCCAUUCCUCUUCCAUCUCAUCCCGAGAACAUAGACAUCAUGUGAGCAGCUCAGGCCGUCACUCAUCGUCCCGACACUCUGAAGAGUCUAGAUCUUCCCGUUCUUCAAAAUCACAUCCUAAGGACCCAUCAGCUCGCUCUGAAGGGCGCAGCACUUCAUCCUCUUCACAUAAAAGAUCUUCAGAAUCUCGAUCUUCACAGCCAGGGUACCGGGACUCUGGUGAGUUCUCCCGUGACCCUACAUCUGGACACCAUCAUAGUUCUAGUGGUCAACGGGGACAAAGGCAGUCUGGUGCUUCCAGGAGGCAAGAAUCUCCUUCAUCUAAGCAACAGCAGCAACAACAAGCUUCUGUGGGUCAACAGCAACCGCCACAGCAAGGACAGCAAAAGUCCACAACACAGCCAACAGCUGGCAGGCAGCCUGGAUCUCAGCAGCCCGAAACUGGGCAGCAGGGGCAGCAGACCGGCCAGCAACUUCAUACCCAGCAGCAGCAGCAGUCACAACUGCAACCUGGACAACAGUCAGCAACAACAACAACAGGUGUGACUCAGCCCACAGCCAUGGCUACUGGUAUUGGAGCCGGGGCUGCUCAGCACCAAGCUAAGCCAGGCCAGGCUCCAGCAUCAGGACAACCGCUGGCUGCAGAAGUAACCACAGCUCAGCCGACUACUGCUGUGGGAGGACAGAUCAAACCUGACACUACUCCUGCUGUACCAACUCCCGCAGUUGCUAUUGGAUCUAAAGCUGCACUCCAGCCUGCUAAAGCCCCUACGACCCCAGCCACAGGCAUUGGGUCGAAAGCAGCUCCCCGGCCAGGUGGGAUAGGCAGCGCGGCCCAGCCAACACAGCAACCCACGGAGACUGAAAACGUUUUCAGCAAAAUUCUGCCGGGUGGCGCCGCUGAACAAGCAGGAAAACUAGGAGACGCCGUGUCUGCUUUCGGCAAGAAGUUUACGUCGUUUUGGUGAGCUGCUAAAUGGAGGGGUUCAUUGUGGCUGAGCAGAGGCUUGUUACUGGAAAAAAAUCAGAAACUGUUUCUGCCAUCUUACCCAUUAAUCUGUGCAUGGAGGACACCUGAGAACCGGUGGAUGAUCUGGCCUGGA